AUGAUUGGUAGCUUAUUAUACCUUACAGCCAACAAACCUAACAUCACAUUUCCUGUAGGUGUUUGUGCAAGAUAUCAAGCUGAGCCUACAAUGAGUCACAUCAACCAAGUGAAGAGAAUUCUGAAGUACAACAAUGGUACUAGUGACUAUGACAUGUUAGAUUCUCAUGGUUCUAAUUCCAUAAUGGUAGGAUAUUGUGAUGCAAAUUGGGAAGGUAGUGCUGAUGAUAGGAAAACCACUCCAGGAGAGUGUUUCUUAUUAGGAAAUAAUCUUAUAUCCUGGUUCAAAAAUAAGCAAAGUUGUGUCUCUAUUUAUUGUUGA